UUAUUAAGUUUUUCAUUAAAAAAAGUCAUUAAAAACAAUUCCGCCAACAUGGGGCGACGUUCCAUUAAUACCACAAAAAGUGGUAAAUACAUGAAUCCCACGGAUCAAGCAAGAAAGGAGGCUCGUAAAAAGGAGCUGAAGAAGAACAAGAAACAAAGGCAAAUGGUAAGAGCAGCCGUGCUCAAAAAUAAAGAUCCUAGUCAGAUAUUGGAGGAAAUGGAGAAAAUCGAUGAAAUGGAAUACAAUGUGCUCCAGCCAUCACCAUUGAACGAGAAGGUCUUAAGGGAUAAACGGAAAAAGCUAAAGGAAACCUUUGAACGUGUCAUGAGGCUAUAUUACAAUGACGAUCCGGAACAUUGGUCCGAAUUGAAACGAAAAGAAGUGGAAUAUGAAAAGAAACGGCUAAAGAAACAACAAUACUAUGAAAGUGUGAAACAUGCCCAGAGUGUACAAAUCGAUGAAAUCCCUCUGCCUUCGAGUACACAAACACCGGCAGGUGGUGGCGGUGCAGCCUUUCCAACAGGUCCCAAGAGAUUACCACCCCCACCAACGGCAUUAUCAUUGCCACCAUUUGCACCAGGAGCACCACCAGGUACCCUAAAGAAACUAAAUGAACCCACAGCCAAACCUCCAGAAAAACCCGAAGAGAUAAAACGUAAAGAAGUUAUGGGAGUGCCCAUUGGCCCUCCACCAAAUUUGGCUGACAUGUCUGAUUUAGAUACCGAUGCCGAGGAUGAUGAGGUGGUCCUGAAAAAAUAUGUCUCCAAAUCGAAAGCUGGCAAAUCCGUACCCAAACCCAACUCCUUGCAACAACGUAUGUUGGCAAUAUCGGGUCAAAAUAUCGAUGACUUCAUGAAGGAGAUGGAAAAUGUUCACAAAAAGAAAGUGGCUGCCAGUCGUGGUGAAAGUGAUCCCUCCAAAGAAGGUGGUAAAAAGGAGAGUGGGGAUGAUAAUUCCGACAAGGAUGAUGAUGACGACGACGAUGAUGAAGAGAACAAAAGUGAUUUAUCUGAAUGUAGUUUUAGUGACGAGGAAGGUAACGCGGACAAUGAUGGUGAAGAAGCAUCGAAACGUAGACGAACACAUUCAUCGGGUGAUGUUGAUACGGCGGCCAUACCAACACCUGCACAAAUCCCCCCCGUGGCUAUUGCGUUACCAAAUAUACCAGCACCUCCCCAACCUCACAUAUCAUUGCAUGGACAUCCAGUACCUCCACCGCUGGCCGGCAUGGCUCCGCCGCCGCCAAUGAUGUUUAGACCACCACCCAGGCCGCCAGGUAUGCAUGGAUUUGGAAUAAGAAUGCCUCCCGGACCACCACCAGGUCCAAGACCGCCAGGUAUGGGUGGAAUGCCACGCAUGGGCAUAAGGAUACCAGGUCCACCGCCCGGCAUGCCACCACGUAUGGCUCAUCAUAAAAUGCAACAGCAACAACAGCAGCAGCAACAGAAUAAGGAUAGCAAGGGUGUGACGACUAUUACUGCUAAACCGCAAAUUAGAAAUUUGAGUGCCGAUGUCACCCGUUUUGUUCCAUCUACGCUGCGUGUUAAACGUGACGAUGCCCGCAAACCCAAUCGGACAAAACCUUUCCCACAAGAACCAACAACACGGCCGGCCGAAACUCCAAAUGCCGCCUCAAAAGAUGAUGCUUAUAUCCAAUUUAUGAAUGAAAUGCAAGGAUUACUGUAG